AUGGCCAAAUCUGUGACAGGCGUCGAGGUGAAGGAGUUUCUCGGCAUUCGAUAUGAUUGUCUGUUCCUCAACGUUUGGGAGCCAGUUUCUAAAAACAACGGCUCUAGCAGCAACAGCAAAAAGCCGGUGAUGGUNCCGCACAAAGAAGGACAGUCAGAUGAUUGUCUGUUCCUCAACGUUUGGGAGCCAGUUUCUAAAAACAACGGCUCUAGCAGCAACAGCAAAAAGCCGGUGAUGGUCUUCAUCCACGGCGGCGCCUUUGAGGGCGGCUCCGGUGCGAUGGAGGGCAAGGACCUGGCCGCUCUGGGAGACGUCGUCGUGGUGACGGUCAACUACCGCCUGGGACCGCUUGGUUUCAUGAUGGGCGGCGACAUUCCCGCCAAUCUGGGUCUUCUAGAUCAACUGCUGGCUCUGAAAUGGGUCGCCAAGAAUGCUCACUACUUUGGCGGUGACGCCCAGAAGGUGACCAUCUUUGGCGAGUCUGCCGGUUCGAUCAGCGUCGGUGCGCUCAUCCUCAGCCCUCUGGCAAACGGUCUUUUUAAACGAGCCAUCCUUCAAUCGGGCUCACCGGCAGUGGAGGUCCNUUUCAUGAUGGGCGGCGACAUUCCCGCCAAUCUGGGUCUUCUAGAUCAACUGCUGGCUCUGAAAUGGGUCGCCAAGAAUGCUCACUACUUUGGCGGUGACGCCCAGAAGGUGACCAUCUUUGGCGAGUCUGCCGGUUCGAUCAGCGUCGGUGCGCUCAUCCUCAGCCCUCUGGCAAACGGUCUUUUUAAACGAGCCAUCCUUCAAUCGGGCUCACCGGCAGUGGAGGUCCUCGGCAACUCAAAGGCUCGAGCUCUGGAGAAGACCGCAUGGCUGGGAGGCAAGGUGAACUGCACUGAGAAGGACAUUGAAAAGUUGGUCGCCUGCAUUAAGAAGACGCCCAUCGAUACGCUGAAGGAGGCCUCCGGUGACGACUUUCUCACCAACAACUUCUUUGUUCCCACCUACGGCGACGAGUUUAUGCCCAUCAAGCCUUCUGAGGCUCUGAAGAGCGGCCACUUCAACAAGGACGUCGACGUCAUCUACGGAACCACCCGCGACGAGGGCAGCGUUUUUGCGCUGUUCAUCGUUCCCGAGCUAAUGACCAGCGAUGACAUCAACAGGUCAUCGCUGAAGCUCAACAUGGCCGUCCUGCUGAAGAAGUACAACAUCGCCCACCAGCAGGAGAUCAUCGACUACUACAUGAGCAGGGUGACGGCCAACUUCACGCAGGAUGACUACAA